CGACAAUCAAACCGAGUGUGCCAUCAAACCGCGUACCUCGUAUCAUGUGAUAGUGACCGCGACCGCGUACUGUGAAACAUCGUGUGCUGUACUUUGUUUUGGAUUAUUUUAACCUUCAACUUUUUCAAUGAUGGUCCUGGGACCAGCGGACUCUACGUGGCCGCCCUGCCGUAGAAGGAGUCCUCCACGACCACCGCCCCCACACACACGAAAGCGGUGGCGGAGACGGAAGGAGAGGCACUGUUGGUGGAGAGCGUCGCAAGACUCAUCCUCCAGCUCGGAGGACGAGCCUACGCACCCCUCGUACAGCUAUCACUCAGACACAGAAACCAACAUGCCGUGUGGGUUUGAAAACUCAGCGAUGAAGUCGAGUUUCUCGCUGUCCUCGCUGCAGCCCUCUAGCACCAAUCUAGAGAGUCCAGAGCACGCGAGGGUGGUGGAGCGACCCUACAACUCCCUCAGGAAAACCUGCAGAAGAGAAAGAGAUGCUGAGAAAGAUUCCUGGAGAAGAUCCUGGGACAGGAGAGAAGUAACGAAUGAUCAAUUCUGGAACGCUCUUGAAGAACCAAACUACCUCUACUUAAUGGAUUGUAAUUUAAUAGAUAGUUGUAAGGAGGUGAGGAACGAUCUUCACUACAGCUGUUCACCGUCUCACGACUGGAGCUUUGACCAGUUCUGCGCUCAGUUUACAGAACUCGACCAAUGGCUCACAAGUAUCCAGGAGACUAUAUACAACAAGGAGGAGAACGUCACCGAUAGAAACUUAAGACUGAGUCACAUAGAAGAGAUGCACCACAAAACGUACAAGCGGAAAGUGUUCAACAACCAAGGUGGCCGGCUGGCAGCCAAGUUCCCUGGAAUGAAAGAUGAGGUCAAACGACGCAUGACUCAUCUGAACCGCAAGUGGGAACGGCUGGAGCAGACGGUUACGCCAAGGAAACACUCACGAGUCGAUACCUCUCACCUCGAACAUCUCCCAGAUGUGGAACACCUUCUGAACUGCCUUAGGAAAUGGUUAAGGCUAACAGAGAGAAAACUGCAGCCAAUCAACUUCAGAGUGACCUGGACGCUAGCAGAACUAGAAGCUAAGGCCAAAGAACACCAGGGUAUCCAACGUCAGGUGGAGUUUCUGGGCAGGUCUGUCAGCUCGGUGUUGAAGCAGUGCGAUCUGCUGGUGCAGGCGGAGGCCGAGAAGUCGAGAGAGGCGGAGCCCCCAGACACCCAGGGGCGACGACGAGGUCGCUUGGACGCCGCUCAGGCAGUGAGGACAGCCAAGGAUCUGCAGAGACGCUGGCAGCACCUGACCAUCAGGAGUCUAGAGUGGCAGUGUCACAUUGACAACCAGACCAAGCGUGCCGAGGACAAGGAGCCUGAAGUCGCCUCUCCCUUAGACAGUGACGAAGGAGAGCCUGUUCACAAACACCCUAGACUUGGCAGCAGCCCUUGGCAUUCGUCCUACGAUCAGGAUGAUGAUGGUGACUAUUUAAUGGAACAGAGCUCGUGCUCAACGAACGACAUGGUUGGCCCCCAGAGCGAACUCGCCUCCUUACCCCCCACCUUCCCUACCGCAACCUCCCCUACACUCCUCGUCCGCUCUGGGACCACGGAAGAAGACUUGCUCAACGACAACUACACUUUGUACGAUCGACGGCAAGGCGUCAGCGUACCACUUGACGCCGCCAGGAAACUCUUCUCCGAUGAAAGUUCAAUAUUCACAAGUGAACCUACCUCUUUGGGGAAAAAUUCGUCAGACCGGCCUGCACAGAACUGCGCGACCUUCUACUUCAAACAUUGCGACACAGAGUCGGAGCAGGAGGACAGGGGCAGAGAGAGGGAGACAGAGGAGACGGAGCCAGUAGCGAUGGACACGGACAACAACAAGGAAGACUCGUCGGAGGAGGAGUGGACGUACAAGUGUGGCGAAGACUCUGCCUUCACACACUCUACAGAGACACUGGCCUCCGCACCCAGGUCUACUAAGCCAGAGUCUCAGCCACUGCCCAAGCCUCAGCUGCAGAAGCUCAUAGAAGGGGCUGUAGAGAUUGUCCACUCCUCCCCCUCCCGUCCCCGCACCUUCCCUCCUCUUAUCUUUGAGACUGCUCGGGCCAGGUCCAAAGUCAGCGACUGGAUGAUGAGGGCUUGGGACCCCGAAGACUGCAAGGGAGAGAGCUGUGAUGCCAGUGGAGAGUACACCACUGAGGAAGAGGAGAGACAAUCCUCGGGAGACUUCAACCACUCUGCCUUCCUGCCUUCACACAACAGCACGGAGGUUCUGUCUACUCUGGACACUACUCUGACUGAGAAACAUCUCCCAGUCAGUCCUGUCAAUGUCCCGGAACACUUCAAGAUCUCCCCAGUAGUCCUAAGAGCCAAGAGGAAGGAGGGAACACCCAAGAGGCCGCUCAGUGAGUCGGGACUUCCUCAGAUUGUGAACGGAGAUGAGAAACUGCUUCAGUGUCGUAGUGAGUCUGCGCUUCAUCAGAUAGACCACACACCCACGCAGAGUGUCAAGAUGGAUACGUCAGUACACACGACCUUGUCAUCGUCCACAGUGGAGGAGACUGUUGGAGGUCAGACACAAGAGGGCAGUUGCGGUGGUUACAGUUCCAACUCUCUGCGGCGCAGGAAGAUCAAGAUGCGCAAGCGGAACUUGGGCAAGAAGAGUGAGUCAGGGUCAGACAAUCACGACCCACCGUCCCCACUCAAGUCCCCGCACGCAGUUGCUCGACGUGUUGCGUCUAGUGGCACAGAGACAGAGGAGGACGCGGAGGUAGAGCUGCGUAACCGCAUUGCACGACGCAAGUGCAGCACAACUCCCAACUUCAAGCUAGGUCCUGAGGGUCUGGUCACUGUGUUUUCAACGGCAGAAAAAGCCCUCUCUGCUGAUAGCUCUUUCUCCGAGCAGGCUUGGGACAACUACCAGGAGAAGUACAUGAGUGAAGCGUACAGUGAGGAUGCCCCAGACCAGGAGACUGCUCGCAGACUGCUGGAGUUUGGUGAGGACUAUCGUAACUUUCUGGACAGCCAAUCAGACGGCGGCGCCUCCAGCCUGGGGCUUGGCCGUGGUGGCUACCUGAGACGGAGAAAGUACCUUGCUGUAGAUAGUGACAGUGGAGGCCCAGAGUUACAAAAUCUUAUUGCAACGUCUCUGUCUCAACUCAAACACUCGGAGAUGGCCUGGAGCAAGCUGUCAAAAGCCAACCCUCUCCUGGUCAUGGCUAAGGACUUUGCGGAGAUCAUAUCAAUAUGCAAGGACAAUAUUUCUGCGCUGAAGUGUUUCUUGGACAAAAGUGAACAAGGAAAUGGAUAUAUUGAAGAGUGCCGAGAGAUGAAAGGCAUGAUGGAGCAGUGGCACAACCUGAGGAUGAGGACGGAUGAGCUGGAGAGGAUGAGGUCGCUGCAGAGAGAGAUGGUGGCUCUGAGAGUAGAACUGGCAGACCUUACCUCUAGAGUGGCAGACACUAGGAGCGACACGCUGGAGGACCGAGACCAGCUGGAGCUCAAGAUUGUACAAGUCAAGACUGAGCAAGCCAACCUGAGAGAGCGCAAAGCUCAGCUGGUGGAGGUCAACUCAGCUGUUCACAAGUUCUUCACAGACUCUGCGCAGAGUGAGGCCGGACUUCAAGCUGCUCAGCGGCUCAAGGAGGAUAUCAACGAACUCUACUACGUCUGGGACGAGACCAACAAGAGAGUGUCAGAGCAGCUAGACAGUCUAUCACAGCUGUCAGCUACGUGGCAGACACUAGAGUCUCAACUGACGGAGUUGACAGUAGCUCUGCGCUCGGACCAACAGACUCUGCGCAUGCUGGACUCUGCGUUGCGUGACGGUGUCGGUGUGCAGAACGUGGCCUCCUCAGUCAUCGACGUUGCCAAGGUGCUCAGUGAGAAACAAGACCUCCGCUCACAGCAGAGUCUCUGCGCCCUGAACGCCACCACUCCUGUGAUCCUAGUGUCAGAAGGCUGUCCAGAGUCAGACUCUGGCAUCUCUGACUCAGGUUCGGAGCUGGAGAGUGAGAGAGAGAGAAGACUCAGCGCGCUGCGACGGCUCGCUCACCAACUAGACACUGUAUUGAGUCCCAACAGUCAAGCCAUCAAGGACAUAACCAGAAGGAUAGACGAGGCAGAGACGGAGCUGAGGCUGCUGCAAAACACUUGUAGGAAGCUGAUAGUGAAAGUAGCUCUGAGUGAGGACCAUCAGACAUCCUCUCUGCGCACCUCUACGUCAUCACUGGCUCACAAAAGUGACGACGUAGACUCUGGACCCAUGAGCUUCAUGCCGUCAGACCCGGACAGCGACCCGGACCGAGGCUCGUCCACCCGUGGGUGGCUGUGGCGGGUGUUCCGGGCCAGUGUUCCCUUCCACAUUGCCUUGCUCGUGAUCCUCUGCGUCGGGUACCUUUUAGAGCCCCAGUGCUGUGACCGAAUGCUCAGCAAACCUUUCUUCAGCAUCAAGUAUCCAAACGGAGUCGCAAUGUAAAUACUGGAAGAACUCUACUACUUAAUUGUUUAUUAAUAUUUAUGUGUGAACUUGUGUGAUUCUGUUUAAAAUACCUGGGAUUUGUGCUAAAGUUUUUAAAAGGGAUGAUACAGAAUUUAGUUCUAUUGGCAAAAAAUCACGCUAUAGAAUUGUAUUGUCCUUAUUGGAGAUGAUUACUUGUGCCAAUAUCUGAGAGUAGAGAGGAGGGAAAAAUAUUUUUAUCUUGUAACAAUGUAUAAUGUGUAACAUUUGUAACAACUUACUAGGCAAUGACUAUUGAAUCCUUUUUUUAAAUAUAUUUGUUAUGAUGGGUACAAUUUAAAUAAACGUUACACAAAUUUACUCUCGGUAUUUUAAACAGACCGAAAAGAGAUUUUAUAAUUAUCUUAAUCUAUAAGGAUAAAUUAAUGAUUUAAAUGAAUGCAAUUGUUCGACUUCUGUUAUUGAUUUCGUUCCUAUGUGAUUUUCUCCUAACCAUAAGCAUUUGAACUAUACAUUUUUAUAAAUUAUGUCUUUUACAUGUUAACGAGUAAGGUAGGAAAAUAGACUUUAAACUGAUCGCGAGGUCCUGAUGUUGUAAAUAAGUACAGAUAUUCUAUGAAUAUUUUGUUUCAUUUUAUAUUAAAAAACAUUUUUAUAUUUGCUUCUCCCCUGCGAUUUAUGAUCCUGAAUGUUUGUUGAAAUUACUUUAUAAGUAUUAUAACUUCGCUCUGUGGUAUUUCUUUUAAAGCUACUGUCAUAAUUUUUCCUAAGUAGUUGGGGUUAUGAAAUAAAUCGCUGGUAACAGUCAGCGAUAUAAUGUCAAUAUACAUGUUUAUGAGAGUUGCAUUCAUUUGUAUGUAAACAACUUGAGAGUUGUGUAACAUUCUAACUUGUUUUGUCUUACUUUCAUUAAUGAAAUGUUCUUUUAACAUGUGUUUGAACGAGAUGGUUUAUGUGUAUGGGUUGGCAAGUCUAGGCCUUGUUGGAAAGUUUGUGCCUUGUAUCGUGUCGGAUGUGUUAGGGCUAGAACUGAGUAUCUCAGGGGAAGAUAAAUUAUUUUAAACGAAUGCCUGAUGGAACAUCAGUAUCAAUUAGUGAGAUUCGUAUUGUAAAUGAUUAAACUGUGCCAUUUUGAAAUUUAAUCUUUUGGUUGUAAAAUAAUCUAUCUUCACUCUUGGCGUAGUUGUGUAUUAGGUUAGAUUUAUCUGUAUGUAGGCUAGCGGCUUGAAGGAUGGUUAUAACAAUCAAACAUUGUAUAUCUGAGUCUUUGUAUUUUUUUACUCUGUGUUUGUGUUUCCAUUGCCUCGUGUUUUAAGCCAAACCAUGAUAACAUUCUCAGUUGUAUUUGGGAAAAGAAUAUUUGUUGUUUUGUUAGAAACAAUACAGAGAAGUCCUCACAAUAAAUAGGGGUUAGCAGGGGCCAACUUCCGGUAAGAUAUAAAACGAAGAAUAAUUUUUACAGUUUUGAGAGAUAACUAAAAUAUUGUUCUUCGCAAUGUAAUGACUGUAGUUACCAGAAUACAAAUUUUUAGAGAAUAAUUUUAAUAAGCAAGAAUACUUUAAAAGUUCUAUGAAAAUCAUUAAAUAAUUUUACUUUAGAUAGAAUAAUUCAAUACGCUAUUGUUUUGUUGAUAACUGUAUUUUAUACGAUAUUGAUUUAAUUUUAUUCAACUCCAUGAGUAAUAUUGUUUUUGUUCCUAUUUUAUUUUACGUUGUUGUUUUGUUAUUUACCUAAAAUAUUUAUAAAAUUUACCUUUAAUUAUUUAGUCAUAGGAUUGUCAACACUCGGUCUUCCCAAAAUUUAAAGGAGACUGUUUUAGACAUUUGUAUGAAAUUGGGAUUUGAAGAGCACAAUUGAAAACGUUCUAGUUUUUUACAUGACGUUUUGCGUAAUAAUAAGUUUUGGUAUUACUUCUAAGCCAACCAACUGCUGCAACAGCAAAAUUACCAAUAGUACAUGAGCAUAACUACUUCAUCUGAGGCUAAUGUUUCUGUACUCAAUAAUUGUUGUGGUAGCCACAUAAUAAAAAAAGAAAAUAAAAAAAUGUGUAAAUAACAAA